UUCCACAAGGACAAGAACAUCCGCCAGCACAGCACCAUCCUGGGCGACCUGCUGGCCGGCCUGGGCGCGGCGGGUCAGUUCGUGGCCUUCGCCGACGUGUACACCGCCCUGGAACGCGGCGUCCUCGACGCUGGCAUCACCGGCGGCACUCCCGGCUACGGCCAGCGCUGGUACGAGGUCACCGACUACCUCUAUGGCCCCAUCGUCGGCUCCAUCGGCGUGACCUACGUUACCGUCAACGGAGACAAGUGGCGUCAGCUUACCGCCGAGAACCGCGAAAUCCUCAAGGAGGUGGGCGAGGAGUUCGAGGCCGAGAACCUCCGUCUCCUCAAGACGGAUUGGGACCCGGCCGGCAUCAGCCUCAACGUCGCCGAGGGCAUGGAAUAUUCUGACUUCCCGGACGACGUCAAGGCCCAGAUGCGCGACACUGCGCUCAAUGCCAUCAUUCCCAACUGGGUCGAGCGCGCCGGCGGAGCCGACUCCGAAGGCGUCAACAUCUUCAACGAAAAGGGCGAGAGCUUCGAGUUCCAAAUGACCUGCAUCAACCGCACCGUUGCCCCAUGUGAACUUCUCACCGGCUUCUUCAUACCCGAAGUUGCGGAGCGCACCAACGGUCAGGUCCAGAUGGAAGUCUCCUCAUAUCCUGAGCUGGGUAUCGCCGGACCCGACACUCUUCGCCUGGUGGGCGACAACACCCUGGAACUUUCCAUAAUCUACAGUGGAUACGUGGGUGGCGACCUGCCGAUCCUCGAUAUCGGAAACCUGUGGGGCCUCUCGCCCAGUGAGGAGGCUCACCUGGCCCUCGCCGAUGCCAUCGACGAGGACUUGGUUGCCGUGCUGCAGGAGACCACCGGCGGCCAGCCCAUCCUGCGGCAGUACUACCCCAACCAGUUCCUCUUCAGCCGCGAUACCCUGCGCACCGUCGCCGAUUUUGAGGGUAAGAAGAUCCGGCAGCACAGCACCGUGCUGGGCGAUCUGCUGGCCGGACUGGGCGCGGAGGGCCAGUUCGUGGCCUUCGCCGACGUGUACACCUCCCUGGAGCGAGGGGUAAUGGACGCCGGCGUCACCGCCGGCGAAGCCGGACACAGCCAGCGCUGGUACGAGGUUACCGACUACUUGACCGGUCCCAUCGUAGGCUCGGUGGCUGUCGCCUACCUGGUGAUGAGCGGUGACCGCUGGGAUACCCUUCCGCCCGACAUUCAGCAGAUCAUGCUCGAAGUGGGCAAGGAAUACGACGAUCUGGCUCGCAAGACCCUGAUCGAGGAGUGGAACCCCUUCAGCAGCGCGUAUGCGGGAGAUUGCCCUCGACGUCAUCUGCCCAACUGGGUGGAGCGCACCGGCGGCCCGGACAGCGACGCGGUGAAGCUCUACAACGAGAGCAACCCCCGCGCCGGUUCUGUUGACCCGGUUAAUUUACAGAUCGACGGCGCUCUGGACUGGGUCUACCGCAUAUUCGGAUACAUCUGCGGUAGCCUCCUGCUGCUCCUGGGCAUCUACAUCACCUACCAGGUGAUUGUUCGCAAGAUUGGCGGACCCGUCCUGGGCAACCAGGAGUUGAUCGGCGGCUACGUUCUGGCCUUCGCCGGCACCUGGGCAUUUUCCUACUCCCUGCGCACCGGGUCCCAUGUGCGCAUCGACGUGCUGCUGCCCCUCUUCUCGCGCAUUCACCCCUACAUGCGAUCUGCCGCCGACUGGUUGGCCCUGGGGUCUGUCGGUUUCUUCGGACUCAUCACCGCCAUCAAGAGCUGGGAAGAAGUGGCCGAGUCCAAGUGCAUCCGCACCAACUCCGAAGGCCUCUGCGAACCGGCGCUGGCCAACACCUAUCUCAUCGGAGACUUCCUGCCCGAACUCUGGAUGUUCCAGAUGAUCGUCGCCGUCGGGUUCACCAUGCUCACCUUCACUUCAUUCCAGUGGAUGCUGAGCAUGAUCCUGCGCGGCCUCCUCGAAAUCUGGCACAAGAACUCCGGCGGCAACGUUGCCGACCUCGCGGCUGACGCUGACGUCAUGCAGGAAGCCGCCUCCGGCGUGUAA